UCAUUGUUCACUUUCCUGUGAGGGAGGGAGAGUCUUGUGGGCUGUGUAUCAAAAGUCCUCAUCUCUUUUUGGUUUUUGUUUUUUGUUUUUUUAUUAACUUCUCUGUUUCACCUUUUUGGAAUUUAAUUUCUCAGUGGGAUUUGUAUAUAAAGGCCACAAAGUGAGAGGAGAGAGUAGCUGAAAGGUGAAGAAGCUGAGAGUUAUGAAGAAGUUGUUUCUGCUCCUUCUUCCUUGUUGCUUCUUCCUUGGCCUCACUGCAGCUGCUGCUGCUGCUGACUUUGGGGUUCGCUCAGGCUCAUGCUCUUCCAAGUUCUUGGAUAAGGCGCGGCAUCUGAACCGUUCCGGCGUCCACGUCACCCUCCACCACCCGCGGAGCCCCUGCUCGCCGGCGGCUCCGUCCCCGGACCUCGACUUGCCCGCCAUCCUCAACCACGACGCCGCUCGCGUCCUCUCCCUCGACGCCCGCCUAGACAAAUCCGCCCGGUCCUCCCUCGCCCGCCCCUCCGCCGUCGCCGCUCCGCUCUCCCCCGGCUCCGCCGUCGGCGUCGGGAACUACGUCGCCCGCAUCGGCCUCGGCACCCCGUCUCGCUCCUUCUCUGUCCUCGUCGACACCGGCUCCUCCCUCUCCUGGAUCCAGUGCUCCCCCUGCCGCGUCUCCUGCCACCCUCAGGUGGGCCGCCCCUUCGACCCCGCCGCCUCCUCCACCUACCACCCCCUCCCUUGCUCCGCCGCCGCGUGCGACAGCCUCCAGGAGGCCACCCUGAAUCCCUCCGCCUGCUCCCACUCUGGCGUCUGCAUCUACGAGGCCAGCUACGGCGACAGCUCCUUCUCCGUCGGCUACCUCAGCGAGGACACCCUCACCUUCUCCUCUGCUUCCCUCCCCGGCUUCGUCUACGGUUGCGGCCAGGACAACGAGGGCCUCUUCGGCCGCUCCGACGGUCUAAUCGGCCUGGCCCGCAACCGCCUCUCCCUCCUCUCCCAAUUUGCGCCGAGCGUCGGCAACUCCUUCGCCUACUGCCUCCCCACCGACUCCUCCGCCGGCUACCUCUCCCUCGGCAGCUACGACUCCGACCGGUUCGCGUUCACUCCGUUACAGUCAAGCACCCUCGACGACACGCUCUACUUCGUGCGCCUCGCCGGGGUGUCCGUCGCCGGCCAAGCCCUCUCUGUUUCCGAGGCGUCGUACUCCGCCGCGCCGACGAUCAUCGACUCGGGGACGGUCAUCACGCGGCUCCCGCGGGAGGUGUACUCUUCGCUAAGCGCCGCGGUGACGGCGGCGCUGAAGGGGCGAGGGGCGGUGCCGGCGCCGGCGUUCUCGAUCCUCGACACGUGCUUCCGCGGGAGUCUCCGGCGACUGGCGGUGCCGGCGGUGGAGAUGGUGUUCCAGGACGGCGCCGCCCUGAGGCUCGCGGCGGCCAACGUGAUGAUCGACGUGGACGACGCGACGACGUGCCUGGCCUUUGCGCCGGCGGGGAGGGUGGCCAUCAUCGGCAACAAGCAGCAGGAGACGUACAGUGUAGUGUACGACGUGGGGAGAUCGAGGGUCGGGUUCGCCGCCGGCGGCUGUGGUUGAGCUCAUACGGCAGCGGAGGAAGAUAUCGUGCGCCGUCAAUUAUUAUUUAAUUGUAAAAAAACUAAUUAACGAAAUAAAGUGGAAUAUCCAAUAUCAA